AUGGGAGGCACUGCAGUCAUCGUGCUGGAUGGAGAACGUGGACCUGUGGGAAACCAGCCUUUGCCAGCGUGGCUGCUGGGCAGACCUGCUCGGUUUUGUGUUGCUCCGAGGACUGUGUUAACGGGCGAGCCUACAACACCUCAGAGGCUGCCUGGCUGCAAGGCAGAGGAAGGCGCGUGCUUCGGCGCCGCUGCCAGCAGGUGGACUCCGAAAGCCCUCAUAGGAGGUGAGCUUCCUGUGGGGCCGGCAGACGAGCCAAGCCGGUGGAGGCACCUCUUCUCCUCCUCACCCCGUGGCCUCCUGCUCCCCAGCACCGCCCGGGCAAGCAAGAUGAAGUGGAGGAGGAUCGUGAUCUUUGCCAUCUCGCAGGCACAGCUCCCAGUCACAGAUGCUAUACCAAUUCUUGGACUGACAGACCCAAGACUCUGCUACGUACUGGAUGGAUUCCUCUUCAUUUAUGCAGUCGUCAUGACAGCCCUUUUUGUGAAAGCAAAGCUUAGCCAGGCCUCUGAACCACAGCUGCGACCAGGCCAGGAUGAUGUGUAUAAUAAACUGUCUCGUGGACAGAGAGAUGAAUAUGAUGUUCUGGGGGCAAAGCGAGGUGCAGACCCUGAGCUGGGCGGGAGACACCAGCAGAGAAGAAAGAACCCUCAGGACACCGUCUACACUUCACUGCAGAAGGACAAGAUGGGCGAGGCAUACAGUGAAAUUGGAAUGAAGGGAGAGCAGCAGAGGCGGCGAGGCAAAGGGAACGAAGGUGUCUACCAGGGACUCAGUACAGCAACCAAGGACACUUACGAUGCUCUCCAAAUGCAUCCUUUGCCCCCCCGCUAAGUGGGAGUCACAGAGGGGAUGGGCAAGAGUGAGAGAUGCCCCCCUGCUUUGGGGAGGAGAGGAGGGAAAGCCUUGUUCAUCCAAAACAAGCACUGUGUAUUUUCUCAGUGCAACAACCUACUUUGGUUGGUGCGCAGAGGGAGUAUGUCUGGACUUGGUCAGUCCCUUCUCCCUUCCCUCCUGAAUCAUGUAACUGCAAGCUUUAGCUAUUAAAAUGUACAUAUCUGUAAAGUUGUUUCCAAUAAUAGUGGUUAUUAGGCUGAUUUUUGUAAGAUUCAUGUUGUGGGACGAGACCACACCUACUAACACAGCUGUCUCCGUAGCUCUUACUUGCCUUCCAAGGGGUAUCGAGACAGGUAAUUAUAGUUUCAUUGCAUUUAAAGAACUUGUAAAGAUAGGGCUGUAGUUAUUUCCUGUAGUAUUUAUCUUAAGACUAUUUGACACAGGCCAGCUAAACUUUUUGCUUUAAAUUUACCUUUUAAAAACUGCUUCAGUAGAGGACGACUUUCAAUUGUAAAAAGUGAUGCGAUGUUACUGUAGUGAAGGACAGAGGCUGAACGCCAGCUUUUCAAUAUGAAGAAAAUGAGCAGUAAGCUCCAAGAAAAGAUCAAGCAAUGGCAUUGCCGCUCAUCCAGCACCUGGAGCUAAACAAGAGCCACAUAACCUGCGUAAGAGACUUCUCAGAAGGCAGAAGAUCCCCCUGUUACAACGAAAACAAGGAGAAUGGAUUCUGAUAAAGAGAGCAGUACUGGAAAAGCCAGGAAAACUCACCCUGGAGAAUCCCAUUUGGCUGAAGGGUUUGGCUGAAACGUCUGCCCCCUCACAUUAGCACCAUCUACAACUACCACUGCAGAACAGGCUCCCCUUGUAAGAGUUGGUAUGGUAAUUCUAAUGCCAGAAACAGACCAAAACUGUCGCUUCUGGGCAACAGAAACUGUACAAAAGCCAAUGUAAAUGCAGUUUCCAAACCAGUCUGUCAUCGGGUUACCUUUAAAAGAUGACGCAGGUAUCAUUCCAAAGAGAUACUGGUUCAAUAAUGUAAUGCAUUUUUGAUGAAUUAAUA